AUCACAAAAAUCAUCAUCCUAUCCACAAUCUACUCCUCAGUUUUAUUUCUCAUUUCCUAUCACCCUAUCAUAAUAAUUAUAAACCUAAUCCUAACCACAAUUCUUGUUAGCUUAAUAACAACACUCCUAAUAAAAACCUCUUGGUUCUCCUACACUCUAUUUCUCAUUAUACUAGGGGGAAUACUAGUGGUAUUCAUUUACAUUGCAAGAUUAGCCCCAAACGAAUCUUUCAAAAUAUUAACAAAAAUCCCCUUACUAAUCAUCCUCUCAAUACCACUUUUAUUCACCACAAUUUCAUUUAAAACCUCUAUUUAUCCAGAAAUAUAUAAAAUUUCCAUUUCAAAAAUUUUCUCCAAUCUUCCUAUAUUAACAACUCUUUUUUUAGUAACCUUUCUACUAAUUACUCUUAUUGCUGUAGUGAAAAUUACAAAAAUCUCCCAAGGCCCAAUUCGACACAAUUAA